UAUUAUCAUUAUAAUCAAAAUCACAUUGAUUCGUGUGUGUGUGUGGACAUUGAUGUCAUGUGAAUACAGCAGCAAAAAAAACAAAACAAAACAAACGAAGAAAUUGAAAAAUUCAUCAGCAUCAUUCAAUUUUUUUCCGAAAAAAAAUAUAAUUCGAAUUUUAAAUAACAAAAACGUGCGUUUUUCGUGACUGCCAUAACCUCCUCUAAAAAAAAUUUGAAAAGAACUUUUAUCAAAUUGAUGUUCGAUAUUCUGCCAUUCUUCUCGUUUGUUUGUUUGUUUUCUGAAAAAAAUUCUGCUUUUCAUUUGUCAUUUUCCAAAUUCGAACUUAUUUUGUUUUAUUGUUAAUCAAAAACUAAUCUGCCAACAAUGUCAUCUCCUAAAAAUACUAUGGAUGGUCAUUUCAAUGGCGUUGAAGAUGCCGGUCUCAAUCAACAUCAUAAUGGUAAAAAUGAUUCGAAUGGUAAAGGUAAACCUAUACCGAAUCAUGGAACGUCAUCAACAGCAACAUCGGUUGAUUAUCACCCUCAUUCACCAACAACCGAAGCUAAUAUGAAAAAAUUUAUGAAAAAUAGUCGACGAUCACGUAGUCGAUUUGGUCGUGGUUUAGCCAAAAAAGGUGGUGCAGGUGGUAAAGGUACAUGGGGAAAAAUAUGUGAAGUCUAUCCAGAUGGUGAUGGUGAUUUUUUGGAUCCAAAUGAUCCAAAUUAUGAUUCGGAUAAUAUGGAAAAUUGUAAAAUUGAAGCCAUUACACCAGUGUUGGAUGAAGAUCAAAUUGAACAAUAUGUUAAACCUAUUGUCACUGAAUAUUAUGAACAUGGAAACACUGAAGAGGUAAUCGAUUCAUUGCAAGAAUUUAAUUUUGGCGAUCAUGUUUAUAUGAUUGUUGUCAUCGCUGUUUCAUUGGCAAUGGAACGAAAAAAUGCUAAUCGAGAGAUGACAUCAGUAUUGAUAUCCGAUCUAUAUGGCCAUGUAUUCCGUCAGUCUGAUAUUGAACAUGCAUUCGAUGUUUUGCUUGAAAUGCUUCCAGAUCUAAUGCUUGACACACCGAGUGCUGAUGAAUUAUUGGGUAAUUUUAUUGCUCGUGCAGUUGCUGAUGAUUGUAUCCCACCGAUUUAUGUUAAACGUAACAAAGAAAAAUAUACGGAAAAACCACAAAAAUUUUCUAUUGAAGUUGCGAACGAUUUAUUGACCUCUAAACAUGGUCUUAUUAAUGUUGAUCGCAUCUGGGGUUUUACUGGUGGUAUGCGACCAGUAAAAUAUCUUGUCAAACAGAUGCAUUUGAUUUUAGAAGAAUAUAUGGUAUCAAAUCUGGCAACAGAUGCUGGAUCCAAUCUCAAUGAGUUGGAAGUUCCACAUUUUCAUCAUGAAUUUGUUUAUGAAGCCAUUGUAAAAGCUAUCGAAGAUAGUAAAGAAACGACAAUCGACAAGAUUUGUGCAUUGCUCAAAUAUCUUUUUGAUUCGGGUGUCAUCACUAUCGAUCAAUUGAAAAAUGGAUAUCUACGUGUGUUUGAAGAGAUGCCUGAUAUUGUCAUCGAUGUACCGUUUGCAUAUGAAAUACUUGAUCAGAUCAAAACCAAAGCAGAAAAAUUGGAUUCAUUUCCAGCUGAAUUGGAAAAAGAAAUGCCACAAAGGGGACGAAAACGUUUCGUAUCUGAAGGCGAUGGUGGUGUUAUUAAAGCUUGAGAUUCUUUUUUUGCAUUAAUUCUUG